ACUAUAAUGGCGUACAGAGACGAGAUCGAUGAUGGUUUUGAUGCUGUUGUUUUUCUAGAGGAAAGAUGCUAUGAAGAAGGUCACAAGAGAGGUUAUCAGGAUGGUCUCAUGAAGGGUAUGUUCGAGGGACGGCAACUGGGCUUGGUGAAAGGAAGCGAAGUCGGGGGCGAGGUUGGAUUCUAUCUUGGAUUUGUUUCUCUCUGGCUUGAAAUUUUGCUUGAAAUUCCUGAUGCAAAACAAAGGUGUAUUAAGUUGUUAGAGACAUUAAAGAGGAUGAUCUCUUCUCUCCCAAUUAAUGAUGCUACAAAUGAGGAGUUGUUUGUUAAUCUUGAAAAGAUACGGGCCAAGUAUAAACAGGUCUGUUCACUGUUAGGUGUAAGCACUGACUAUAGUGGUGGUGUGUCUGGAACCUCCUUCUGAAGCAAAGCUAGUCAUCAAUAAAUGCCUAGGUGUCAGAAUAUUGGAAUUCAAGUUCCUGGAAGGUGUGAAAUUCUCCUCUUAGUUCAAGAUUUCAAUUUGUCAUGGAGUGAAAUUUUUUCCAAGGUUCCUGGCCCAAUUUUGCAAGAAUGAACACUGAAUUGGAGCUUAUGUGGGACUUUAACAUCGACAAGGUGUAUGCAGUUGGGUUACUACAAGGUUAUGGAAUCUGGGCAGAGCUUCAGACAUUGCAGAACAGAAGCUGCCCAUGAUGUAGCAUAAGGGCAAAGACAGGGCUAUUACUAUUUGUCUGGAGUCGGGGCCUUAACUGUUUCUUGUGAAGAUGCAACUUUUCAUUUUCAAGCAUUCUUAGGAGUAAAUUUGUAUUUGCUUUCUUGUAAACUUCAUAUUUCUGAAAUUUGCCUUGAACCAGUUGAUAAUUAGCUGAAGUAGCAGUCUUUUCACUUCCUUGUAAAGGAGAAGUGGGAGCUUUGGCCUUCCCCCAUCCCUCCCCCCCACCUCUAAGGCUUUGUUCCUUUAAUCUCAUGUCUUUGCUCUCCUUCCUUUCAUUUGGCAGAAAGGAAGAAAGAAAUUUUGUUGUGCAGGCUCAAAUAUCAUUUACUGAAACUGUCAGCGAACAAAAUUAAUACCAUUCCAACAUUACAUAAACCUGUGUAGUGUUCCAAUCCACAUGUAACAGCUUAUUAAACCAGUCAUGAGGCCAUACUUACCAUUUGCUUGAUAAAUUAGGUUCACUCAGUCUUUUCAAUUGGUUGCAACAGCCACCACAAGUUCUGGUACCCAGAUUGAUUGUUAGUUUUAUCAGUGAGGAACAUAUGUAUUGUUGGAGAUAACUAUGUCCCAUAUACAGGUCAUAUUUAAUUGAUAU